AUGGACAUAAAUAACAAUAAUAAUAAUAAUCAUGGUGGAGAGCCUCACUACGUUCCCGGAACACCUUUCCGUGGUAUUAACCUACUCAAUUCACUCCAAUCUGUAAGAGACAUGCCUGAAUUCCCAGCCGUGCCAUUAGCUUUGCCUACCUCUACCAACGCCAACUUGCCAGGUGUUGCUAUUACAGUGGAAAACGCAGACUUCGAAAUCUUUCACCUCGUCGACAAUUCCAUCGAACCUCUUAUAAACUUUAUCAACAGCGAUGAAAAGUAUCGGGCCAUGGCAGCAAAGUACGCUAACAUGAAAAAUGUGCCAGUAAAAACAGCCAUACUGUACACCUGUAACAAACUAGUGAUGAUGGAUACAAACACCGCUUUCAACCAGAUAAUGUCUACUAAAGUCGGUAAAGCCUCGAUUGAUAGUCUCCCCAAGUUCGAUUUCGAAUCCAGUACUGCCGACAUCGAAUCACAUCUACUACUCAUUGAAAGUACCAUACCUUUGCCUAACGCCAGAGCUAAAGUAUUUUUCAACACUCUCAAUGAGAAAUCCAGAGCCCUAACAAGAAACUUCCAUGUUGCCGCAAAUGCAUCUUGGAACGAAUACAAAUCCAUGAUGGUGAAGCUAUUCAGUCGUGAGUUUCCACCAGAACACUAUGUCGGUAUUCUCGCCAAACUAAAGUUUCUGCCUAACCGCGACGACAUAGUUUCUUUCAAUCUGACCUUCACAAAAGUGGUAAAUAAGACCAGAAACAUCGUGAACUCCCAGACGGCCGCUGCAAUGUAUGCCAAUGCUUUGCGUAAUGUAAGAAACUUGGAAUCCAUUAAAAACCUGCCAGACUUAGAAUCCCGUAUGUUGGAGACCGCAGAGUUAGUUGUUAAAUAUGGCAUAAACGGUCGACGUAUCUGUACCUUACAGAAUAUUGUUGACGAUGAAGAGAAAGUUAGUUCAAAGAACCAUAAAGGUGGCUUUGUUGAAAAAAGACCACAUGAUUUCAAAAAGAAUCUCCAUAAAAAUAAAAAUAACCACCACGGUGCUAAGCCAACAUGUUACGUAUGUGGUAAAGUCGGUCAUCUUGCUAAAGACUGUUACUUUAAAAACAAGAACAAAGAUGCUACUGUUAACUUUAUAAACAGUACACCAGCAAUACAAGCUGUAAUCAAUGACCAGAAAACGGUUGCGGUUGUAGACACCGGAGCAGACAUAUCAGUCAUAAGUAAAGACAUGGCAAAACGUCUAAAUGUAAGCAUACAAAAAUGUAAUCCUAUUAAAAUUAAUAAUGUUAGUGUGAACUGGCAAGCUUCAGCCUGUAUUACCCUGUCUGCUAAUCCAGAAGGUGUAAUAAUAUCAGUAAAAGUUAAUAAUGAUAUACACAAACUAAUUAAUCUUAACAAAAAUAGUUUAAACAAAAAUCUAAUAAAAAUUAAAUUAAAUGAAUUAAAGAACGAACGUAAAGUUCAAGAUAAAAAUAUUAAUUUUUUGAAAAAUAAAAUUAAUAAAAUAAAUGUGAAAAAUCGUGAUCAGUUUAACGAAUUAGAUCGAUUAUUAAAAAAACAAAAUUUAAUUCAGUCUGAGAUUAAAAAAAUUAUUGAUGACGUAAAUAAAGAUAAUAGGGUUAAAAAUAAAAAUAAUACUGAUUUCACGCCCCAUUAUGCUUGGGUGAAUAUAAAUGAAAUCUAUGAUGAUAUUUCAAAAGAUGUAGAUACAGAUAAUGAUAAAAAAAUGAAUGAAUCUGUUACAGAUAAUAUCGACAUCGAAAACGAAACAAAAGUUGUAGAAACUUUGAAACGGUUAUUCCCAAACGUGUUUAUACCGUUUGAUGGUUUACCACCUUCAAGAGGUAAACAGUUUGAUAUGACAAUUAAAUUAAAAACGGAAGAGAUUCCCAAAUCAAAGUUAUACCCUGUACCAAUAGCACACUUAGAAGAAUUAAAAAAACAAAUUAAUGAUAGAUUGAAUAAAGGGUGGAUCAAGAGAUCUAGAUCCCCAUUUGGUAGUCCUAUCUUAUUCGUCUCUAAACCAGACGGUGGAUGGAGACUUUGUGUCGACUACAGAGAGCUAAAUAAAAUUACUGUUCGUGAUGAUUAUCCUCUUUCAAGGAUUAAUGAAUUAUUAAAUAAUACAAGAUUAGCUUACUGGCUAUCAAAGUUGGAUCUGUUAGACGGAUACCAUCAAAUUCGUAUCAAUGAAGGCGAACAAUACAAAACUGCUUUUAAAACUACAUUUGGUACAUUUGAAUAUACAGUAACACCGUUCGGGUUAGCCGGAGCAGGUGCUAAUUUUCAACGAUUAAUGGAUCACAUAUUCCAGUUGGAAAUUUUAAAUAUGAAAAUAUGUGUAUAUCUAGAUGAUAUAUUAAUCAUGACUAAUUCAGAUAGUUUAGACGAUCAUAUCAAUGAUUUGAUCGAAAUUUUUAAAAUUUUACAAAAACAUGACUUUAAAGUCAAAUUAUCGAAAUGUAAAUUUGCUAGACGAGAAAUUGAAUUCUUAGGUCAUGUAGUUGGUCGUGGAAUUAAGAAAUUGGUCGAAGAUGUUAAAUAUCUUGUCGCACCAAAUUAUACAAUACCAUUUCAUCUUGAGUGUGACGCAUCUAAAUACGGCAUUGGUCAUGCUCUAUAUCAAAUUAAUAAGUUAGAUAAUAUAACCAGAGAUUUCAUCUCUUUUGGUUCAAGAAAACUCACAAUCAGUGAAAUAAAUUACACUGUGUUAGAAAAAGAAUUGUUAUCAAUCAUUCAUGCAUUGAAAGUAAAUUAUUAUCAUUUGAUAGGACACGAAGUGAUUAUAAAUACUGAUCACAAAAAUAUCAAGUUCCUACGCGAACAAUACGCAAUCGGAAUUAAUUCUAGAAUCAACAGAUGGUUACAAUUCAUUGAGUUGUUUAAUCCGACAUUACAAUACAUAAAAGGUGAAACAAAUGUUAUAGCCGAUGGUUUAUCAAGAUAUACUUUUGAUAUCAAUAAUAUUAAAAUAUCUUAUGAUAAUGAUCUAUUAGAAAAUAUAAAAGAUAGUUAUAAAUUGGAAAUCAAAAUGAUUGAAAACGAUGAAAUUAAACUACAAUCUAUUUAUAAAAGUGAUAAAGUUACAACUCUAAAUGAUGUUAAAUAUUUUGAAGGUAAAAUUAUUAUACCUAUGGUAAAGCCAUUAAUUGAUCAAAUAUUACAUUUAUAUCAUAAUUCAUCUACAUCUGCACAUAUCAAUGCGUUUAGCAUGUUAGAACAAAUUUCUAAAAAAUUUAUUUGGGAUUCAAUGAAAUCCGAUAUUUAUAAAUUUUAUAAAAGAUGUGAUGUAUGUAACAAAGGUAGUGAUUAUGGUGAUAAGAGAAGAGGUUUUUUACAACCAUUACCAAUAAUGAAUGACAGAUUUUUAGCACUGUCAUGUGACUUUAUUACAAAUUUAAAUGAAGUGGAAGAUAGUAAUGGUAGAAAAUUCAAUCAAAUCUGGGUAAUCGUAGAUAGAUUUUCAAAGUAUACUACAUUAAUACCCACGCAUAGCACAUAUACUUCUUUAGAACUUGCUAGAUUAUUCAAAAGCGAGUUUAUAAAGAUACACGGAGUACCAUUAUACAUCUCCAGCGAUAGAGACAGCAAACUAACUUCCAGAACUUGGAAAGAAUUUGCUAAAUUAUUAAAUAUCAAACUUAAUUUCACUACAGCUGAUCAUCAACAAGCUAAUGGACAAGCUGAGAUAGUGAUUAGAGCGAUUAAAAAUACUUUAAGAAAGUUAUUAAUCGAAGACAAAGAAAAUGGUUUAAACAGAAAUUGGUAUCAACAUGUAGAUACAAUUCAGUUUGGAUUAAAUAAUACUAAAUCUACUUCUACAAAUUAUACACCAUUCUUAAUUGCUUAUGGUAGAAAUCCAUCUACUGUCGCCGACUUGGCAAUUCCUUUAAAUAGAGAACCAAGUGAUACAGUGAACGAUAAUGAGAUUGAAUCAUUAUUAAAUUAUACCUCUACAAUCAUUAUAAAUGUUAGAAAUAACUUAAUUAAGAUUAGAAACAAGAUGUUGUCUAAUUAUAAUAAAAAUAAAAAGUAUAAUGAUUUUAAGAUCGGUGAUAAAGUGUAUGUAAAGGAAAAGAGACCUUCCAAGAAGUGGAACAAAUUAGAAGCAGUAUACGCUGGUCCCUAUGAGAUCAUCGAUAUUGACAAACAAAAUUUAAAUAUAACUAUAAGAGAUUAUAUCUCUGGAGUUUCAAGAAUUAGAACAACGUCUAAAACGUUGCACGUAAAAUACUUUAAACACGCUCCAAAGGAUGACGUGAACGAGAGAGAAUACAUUCCAGUAGAAAAAUUAGAUUCUUUUCUAAAUAAUGAUGAAUUAAUAUCCGAUGUAAAAAUGUCUGAUAUCAGUAAUGAAGACGAAAUCACAGAUGAAACUAUGGAUCAAGACGACGUAGUUAAUCAUCAAGAUGAAAUUAAUCAAGACGAAGAUGAUAUCUCUGAUCUUGAAGAUUUAAAUGAUUUGAUGACUAAUAUAUCAAGUAUUGAUUCGUCAUUAGAACCUAAAGGACAUUUUUCAGAUUUACAGUUAUCGAGAAUCUUAAAUCCUGAAAAAAAUACAUAUCUUAAAGUUAGAGAAAUUUUAAAUAAUAAUAAAUCUAGCCCAAAUACAUUUAUAAAUCUUUUAAGAACUUUAGAAGAAAAGGAAUCAGUAAUAGAUUACCCUCACAACAAAGUAACAGAGGAAUCUAACCUUUUAAUAAAUAGUAUUAUGAAAUUUGCAAUAUCGCCGGAAUUAUUCGAAAUGAUUCAGAAAAGAUCAUUUAAAAUAGUAUCUAAAAGAAGAUUAACUAGUAACACUGAUUAUUUAGUUAAAAUAAGUAAUACUGUUGGAUGGGUUUCAAGACAAAUCCUCGCCAAACAUGCAUCCAAACAAAUCAACGAUUUCAACAAGAAAAUCGACAACCUCAACCCUGUAGCCAAUAUUAACAGUUUACUGUUUAGAGAGAACAAUAUUCUAAACGCCUUAGAGACAGUUACCAACCCACAUCACCGCAAUAAACUUAUGUCAAAGUACCAUAAGAUCAAAUCCAACACCGCUGUAUUCUUCUUGAAUACUUCUUUUUAA